AUGUCAUUACUCCGGCGAAGAAAACGACCGGAUGACGAUGCCCCACAACCACCGCACACGGCAGAAGACGACGAUAAGAAAGGCAAAUCGCAGAAGAAAUCGGCAAAAAAGAAACGGAGAAAUAGCUAUUCUUGUGUGGAUAAUUGUUGUUGGUUGGUGGGAUGUAUUUGUACGACGUGGUGGUUUUUGUUGUUUCUAUAUAACACGAUGCCUGCGUCUUUCCCGCAAUACCUGACGGAGAAGAUCACCGGAGCGUUACCGGAUCCUCCCGGUGUUAAAUGUGUUAAAGAAGGAUUGGAACCGAAGCAUCCCGUGGUGUUUGUGCCAGGGAUUGUUACCGGCGGACUUGAGCUAUGGGAAGGGCAUGAAUGUGCCGAGGGGUUGUUCCGAAAGAGGCUUUGGGGCGGCACAUUUGGCGAAAUCUAUCGAAGACCGUCAUGCUGGCUGCAACACAUGUCUUUGGACAACGAAACCGGUUUGGACCCUGCUGGUAUAAGGGUCCGGCCGGUUAGUGGGCUUGUAGCCGCGGACUACUUCGCUCCAGGCUACUUUGUGUGGGCCGUUCUGAUUGCUAACUUGGCUCGUGUUGGCUAUGAAGAAAAAAACAUGUACAUGGCGGCAUACGACUGGCGACUCUCAUUUCAGAACACAGAGGUAAGAGAUCGAACAUUAAGUCGUAUAAAGAGAAAUAUCGAAUUGAUGGUCGAAAUAAACGAUGGUCAAAAGGCGGUUAUCAUUCCGCAUUCGAUGGGCGUUCUCUAUUUUUUGCAUUUCAUGAAGUGGGUCGAAGCACCCGCUCCGAUGGGGGGCGGAGGUGGAUCAGAUUGGUGCGCUAAACACAUAAAGGCCGUUAUGAACAUCGGUGGACCGCUUUUAGGCGCCCCCAAAGCGCUAUCGGGAUUGUUUUCCGCUGAAGCCAAAGAUGUUGCGUUUGCCAGGGGGAUUGCACCGGGUGUAUUGGACUCGGACGUAUUUCACAUUCAAACACUGCAACACAUCAUGAGAAUGAGCCGAACGUGGGACUCGACCAUGUCCAUGAUACCGAAAGGUGGAGAAACCAUUUGGGGUGGCCUCGAUUGGUCACCUGAGGAAGGAUAUAUUCCAAGUAAUAGAACGCACGAAAACGUCCAUAAUUCGUUUUGCAGCCAAAACGAGUCGGAUAGCAAAGUAUGUCAAGCACGAAAUCCUAAUUACGGGAGAAUCAUAUCGUUCGGGAGAGAUGUGGCGGAGUUACAUUCAUCAAAGCUCGAACGGAUAGACUUUAGGGGUGCCGUCAAAGGUAAGAAUCUUGCAAAUAGUACGUGUCGUGAUGUGUGGACCGAGUACCAUGAAAUGGGGUUCAGUGGUAUCAAGGCAAUUUCCGAGUAUAAGGCGUAUACAGCUGGAGACCUUUUGGAUAUGCUCGAGUUUGUUGCUCCAAAGAUGAUGGAACGCGGAAAUGUUCAUUUUUCACAUGGUUUGGCCGAGAAUCUCGACGACCCAAAAUACGCUCAUUACAAAUAUUGGUCCAAUGCGUUGGAGACAAAAUUACCGAAUGCUCCCGACAUGGAGAUAUACUCGUUGUAUGGCGUCGGCAUCCCAACUGAACGAGCAUACGUUUACAAACUCGCUCCAACGGCCGAAUGCUACAUCCCGUUCCAGAUCGACAACACGGCCGGGGAUACCGACGAACACGUGUGUUUAAAAGAUGGCGUGUACACUGUAGACGGUGAUGAAACCGUACCCGCAUUGAGCGCGGGAUUCAUGUGCGCGAAAGGGUGGCGAGGGAAAACGCGAUUUAAUCCCUCGGGAAUAAAAACGUACAUUCGGGAAUAUGAUCAUAAUCCGCCCUCGAAUUUUCUCGAGGGCAGGGGCACCCAGAGUGGUGCCCAUGUAGAUAUAAUGGGCAACUUCCAGUUGAUUGAAGAUGUCAUUAGGGUGGCAGCUGGUGGUUCCGGUGAACAACUGGGUGGUGAUAGAGUUUAUACAGAUAUUUUCAAAUGGUCUGAUAAAAUCAACAUAAAAUUGUAA